CCGCGCGCUCCGGCCGGGGGACCCUGGUUCCGGCGAGCGGCUCAGCGCGGCGCCCGGAAGUUUAAGCUGAAACCACUGCUCAGCUUCCAAGAUGUUGCCACCCAAACUGCAUGCGCUUUUCUGCCUCUGCAGCUGCCUCACACUGGUUCAUCCUAUUGACUGGCAAGACCUAAAUCCUGUUGCCCAUAUUAGAUCAUCAGCAUGGGCCAAUAAAAUACAAGCUCUGAUGGCUGCUGCAAGUAUUAGGCAAAGUAGAAUUCCCAAAGGAAAUGGAUCUUAUUCUGUCGGUUGUACAGAUUUGAUGUUUGAUUAUACUAAUAAGGGCACCUUUUUGCGUUUGUAUUAUCCAUCGCAAGAGGAUGACCACUCUGACACGCUUUGGAUCCCAAACAAAGAAUAUUUUUUUGGUCUUAGUAAAUAUCUUGGAACACCCUGGCUUAUGGGCAAAAUAUUGAGCUUCUUUUUUGGUUCAGUGACAACUCCUGCGAACUGGAAUUCCCCUCUGAGGACUGGUGAAAAAUAUCCACUGAUUGUUUUUUCUCAUGGUCUUGGAGCAUUCCGGACAAUUUAUUCUGCUAUUGGCAUUGAUCUAGCAUCACAUGGGUUCAUCGUUGCUGCUAUAGAACACAGAGAUGGAUCCGCCUCUGCGACUUACUAUUUCAAGGACCAGUCUGCUGCAGAAAUAGGGAACAAAUCUUGGUCUUAUCUUCAAGAACUAAAACCAGGGGAUGAGGAGAUACAUGUUCGAAAUGAGCAGGUACAGAAAAGGGCAAAGGAGUGCUCCCAAGCUCUCAACUUGAUUCUGGACAUUGAUCAUGGAAGGCCAAUUAAGAAUGUACUAGACUUAGAGUUUGAUGUGGAACAACUGAAGGACUCUAUUGACAGGGAUAAAAUAGCAGUAAUUGGACAUUCUUUUGGUGGAGCCACAGUUCUUCAGGCUCUUAGUGAAGACCAGAGAUUUAGGUGCGGGAUUGCCUUGGAUGCAUGGAUGCUUCCACUGGAUGAUGCAAUAUAUUCCAGAAUCCCUCAGCCCCUCUUUUUUAUUAACUCGGAACGGUUCCAAUUUCCUGAGAAUAUCAAAAAAAUGAAAAAAUGCUACUCACCUGACAAAGAAAGAAAAAUGAUUACAAUCAGGGGUUCAGUCCAUCAGAACUUUGCUGAUUUCACUUUUACAACUGGCAAAAUAGUUGGAUACAUAUUCACAUUAAAAGGAGAUAUAGAUUCAAAUGUAGCAAUUGAUCUUUGCAACAAAGCUUCAUUGGCAUUUUUACAAAAGCAUUUAGGACUGCGGAAAGAUUUUGAUCAGUGGGAUUCUUUGAUUGAAGGAAAAGACGAAAAUCUUAUGCCAGGGACCAACAUUAACAUCACCAACGAACAUGACACUCUACAGAACUCUCCAGAAGCAGAGAAAUCGAAUUUAGAUUAAAAGCACUUUUUUAAAGAUCUUGUUUAAAAACUGUCAAAAAAUGUGUGUAUGACUUUUAAUAUAUUUUCUCAAAUAACUCAUAUUGGAAAAUGUAGGCUAUCCCAUAAAAGUGAUUGAAGCUUGGACUAGGAGGUUUUUUUCUUUAAAGAAAGAUUGGUGUCUAUCGAAAUCAUGCCAGCCUAAAUUUUAAUUUUACUAAAAUGAUGCUGUGUCAAAAUUAAUAACUACUUUUACAUUCUUUAAUGGACAAGUAUAACAGGCACAAGGCUAAUGAAAACGUGUUGCAAUGACAUAACAAUCCCUAAAAAUACAGAUGUUCUUGCCUCUUUUUUCUAUUAUAAUUGAGUUUUAGCAACAUGUUAUGCUAGGUAGAAUUUGGAAGCACUUCCCUUUGACUUUUGGUCAUGAUAAGAAAAAUUAGAUCAAGCAAAUGAUAAAAGCAGUGUUUUACCAAGGAUUAGGGAUACUGAACAAUUUCACUAUGGUAACUGAAUGGGGAGUGACCAAGGGUAAAAAUAUUAAAGCCAAGGCAAAGGCAGCAGAUUAGAAUGGAUUAAAGAGAGUUUAUAAUUUGUUUGCAUUUACUUGAUGGUUUAUCUCAUGGAUUCAUGAGUCAAGAAAGGUGCGUAGGACAGGCCAGGGAUUCCAGUUAUAACACAUUAUUCACCCAAAGGCUGUGAGAAAUAACCAAGGAAACAUUCAGACUUUUAACUGUUUUAUCUUUCCAAUUUCAUGUUCUUUAAUUCUGUAUGAGUAUUGGGAGUGGAUUAGCACAAUAGAGGCAUAUGUUGCUUUA